UGCAUGCUCAAUCAUCCAGGUAAGUAAAUCUCCAAAAAUCUCCAAAAGUUGAUUUGGAGAUGAUCUAAAACAUGUCAGAAUGUCAAUAUGCAAACAAACAAAAACAACAAGUAACCAGGAAGGGAGCAUAUACUUUUUCACUAUACUUUACACCACCUCACACACAGAGAGAGAUGCAAGCAUUUAACACACCGUAUUUCACAUCAACUGUAAACUUUAUUUGAAAUAUCUAGCGAAUAAUAAGUCAAACAUAAACAGAUAGUUUAUUUCCAUGGCCAUUUUAACUGAGCCAACGGAUUUUAUUUGUGCAGCAAAAGAAAAAAAAACGCACAUUAAAAAUUUGGUGCGAUCACUGUGACGCUGUUGUUGUGGAGGAACGUUUUCGCUUUCGUUUAUCAGCAAAAGUCACUUUUUAAAGUAGCCAGCAAAGGGUCACUAUGUCAGCGAACGUCUAUGAAGCUGAGCCCAUGAAAGUCGAUGAUGAAGAAGUUCUAUUUGUCCUCUCAUUGAAGUGGACAAAUCUAAAAGAACCACAAAAAGUGAAGAGGCUUGAGACUCGUCUACAUAGAACGCUUCAGACUUGGUUCAAUACAUGCAAACAUAAUGUGGACUGUGCCGUGGAAAGGACCUUAAAAGAUGGCCGUGUUGUGGUAAAGGCUAAACCAGCUCCAGCCCUGGCUGAUCUUCAGAAACUGAAUAACCAAACACUAACUGGGAGGGAUGGACAAUCAGUCACCAUAAUAUCCAUCAGUCUCACACUGCCAUCUCCAGAGCUCGAUACACAAGUACCAGAGGAUGCUUCAAUUAACCUUUCUGCAUCUCUGCAAGAGUUACAAACGGAACAGGUUCAAAAAAGUGAACAAAGUAAUGCCCCUAGAGAAGAGGUGCACUCUUGUUCCGUCCCAGUGGGUCCUUUCUGGUAUGUGAGCCACAUGUAUGAAGAGGAAAUAAAACGUAUAGAGAAAGAGAAUGGAGUUAAAAUCAUGGCAGAUGUGAAGGUGAGAUUUGAAGAAGAUCAAAAACAUGGGAGACCAGACCGUGCUCUCGAGGAGUUUGAAAACCUUGUCCAGAAAAGCUUAGUUGAAUCCUGUGGCUCAGUUAUUCCCCUCAAGUUCAUAGAGUCAGAUGAGUGGGGCAACGCCCUGAAAACCAUCCAGAAAAAGGAAAGUAAGCUUUUGGUUACUCUGACUUCUGAUGUAAUGACUGUGCGUGGGCCAGGACAAAGUCAAGAUGUUAUGAGUAAGUGCUUAUAUGCAGAUGCAAUGCAGACAACAAACACACAUGGUUCUCUUGCUCAGUUUUAUGACCAAGUUCAGGUGGGGAAACAGAGUAGCACAGUUUCUGCAGGUGAAGAGAUUUGCACUUGUUCCGUCCCAGUGGGUCAUUUCUGGUAUGUGAAUCACAUGUACGAAGAGGAAAUGCAACAUAUAGAAAAAAAGAAUGGGGUUAAAAUCAGGGCAGAUGUGAAGGUGAGAUUUGAAGUAGACCAAAAACAUGGGAGACCAGACAAUGCUCUCGAGGAGUUUGCAAACCUUGUCCAGAAAAGCUUAGCUGAAUCCAGUGGCUCAGUUAUUCCUCUCAAGUUCAUAGAUUCAGAUCAGUGGGUUGAUGCACUGAAAACAAUCCAGGAAAAAGAAAACAAGCUUUUGGUUACUCUGACCUCUGAAACAAUGACUGUACGUGGACCAGGACAAAGUCAAGAGGCCAUCAAAAAGUUCUUAUAUGCAGAUACACAUCGGAAAAGAAACACAGAUGCUUCUCAUCAAGAGUAUGAAAGAGAGACUCAAGAAUCACUGAAGAUUGACGUGACCAUCAAAGAUGAUUUCCCGCAUGCAGGACUGAUCAUUGAGAAGACAUUUUGGAAGUCGAUGACUAACUCUUAUAACAAGGAAAUAGAAAAGAUCAAAGCUAAGUUUAACGUAGCAUUCAAUGAUUCAGACAUUGGUCAAGGCAAAGUUAAUGUCACAGCUUUCUACAAGAAAGAAGGAAAUGCCUCAAUGGAGAGCCACGCCCUCAGAGCACUUCUCUGUCUACACCAGAGGUUUGUUUCACUUUCACUUUCGUUUAUAAGGAAAAAACAGUUUAAAGUAGCGAGGCAGGGGAAGACGAUCAAAAUCUUGAACAUGGCCAGUGCAGAGCCCAUGGAGGUUGACAGACCUGACGACAUGAGCCAAGUUGAAGAUGGAGCUCUCAUUGUUCUCUCACUGAAGUGGAUAAAGUCUGAUGAUGAACCACAAAAAACAAAGAAGCCUGAGACUAGUCUACAGAAAAUGCUUCAGUCCUGGUUCAACAAAUGUAUACCUAAUGUGGACUGUUCAGUGAAAAGGAUCCUAAAAGAUGGGCGUGUUGUGAUAAACAUUAAACCAGCUCCAGUCCUGACUAAACUUCAGAAACUGAAUAAACAAACACUAACUGGGAAGGAUGGAGAUUUAGUCACCAUAACAUCCAUCAAUCUGACACUGCCAUCUCCAGAGCUCGAUACACAAGUACCAGAGGAUGCUUCAAGGAACCCUUCUGCAUCUGUGCCAGAUCGACAAACUGAUCAGGUUCAACUGGGAAAGCAAAGUAAAGCAGUUUCAGCACGUGGAGAACAGACAGGUGCUUCAGAGGAUGCUUUGACAAACCAUCGUACAUUUGUGCCGGCUCCACAAACUGACCAAGUUCAGGAGGGGAAACAGAGUAGCACAGUUUCUGCAGGUGAAGAGAUUUGCACUUGUUCCAUCCCAGUGGGUCAUUUCUGGUAUGUGAACCACAUGUACGAAGAGGAAAUGCAACAUAUAGAAAAAAAGAAUGUGGUUAAAAUCAUGGCAGAUGUGAAGGUGAGAUUUGAAGUAGACCAAAAACAUGGGAGCCCAGACCGUGCUCUCGAGGAGUUUGCAAACCUUGUCCAGAAAAGCUUAGUUGAAUCCAGUGGCUCAGUUAUUCCUCUCAAGUUCAUAGAUUCAGAUCAGUGGGGUGAUGCACUGAAAACCAUCCAGAAAAAGAAAAACAAGCUUUUGGUUACUCUGACCUCUGAAACAAUGACUGUGCGUGGACCAGGACAAAGUCAAGAUGUUAUCAGUAAGUGCUUAUAUGCAGAUACACAUUGGAAAAGAAACACAGAUGCUUCUCAUCAAGAGUAUGAAAGAGAGACUCAAGAUACAUCACUGAAGAUUGACGUGACCACCAAAGACCAUCUGAUGCAUAUGGGACUAACGAUGGAGGAGAGCUACUGGAAGGUGAUGAUUACCUCUUACAGUGAGAAGGUAGCAAAGAUCAAAGAUAAGUUUAAUGUGGACCUGAAAGAAUCAGACGUUGGUCAAGGCAAAGUCAAUGUCAAAGCUGUAUACAAGAAAGAUGAAGGAAAUGCCUCCAUGGAGAGCCACGCUGUCAGAGAGCUUUUCCAUUUAUAUCAGAAAACUGCCACAUCUCCCAUGAAUGUCUCCCAGUCCAGUGCUGCUACUGGAAUAUGGGGUUGGUCGUGGCUAUGGAGUAAGUCAUAUACGAGGAAGACGAUCAAAAUCGGAAACAUGGACUCGGACACGGACACGGUGGAAUCCAUGGACACUGACGACCAGAGCCAUUCUGCUUUGAGUGACAACCAGCAACAUUCAUCACCUACAGAUACAACUGCUGCAGUGCAGCAUUCUUCUUUGAGUGUCAACCAGCAAAACCUAACACCAACUGAUACACCUGGCGCAGUGCAGCCUUCUGCUAUGGGCAAAAAUGAGCAACAUCUAAAACCUACCGAUACACCUGCUGCAGUUGAAGAUGGAGCUCUCAUUGUUCUCUCACUGAAGUGGACAAAGUCUGAUGAUGAACCACAAAAAACAAAGAAGCCUGAGACUAGUCUACAGAAAAUGCUUCAGACCUGGUUCAACAAAUGUAUACCUAAUGUGGACUGUUCAGUGAAAAGGAUCCUAAAAGAUGGGAGUGCAGUGAUAAACAUUAAACCAGCUCCAGCUAUCACUGAGCUUCAGAAACUGAGUAAAGAAACACUAACUGAGAAGGAAACUGAGAAGGGAGCUGGGAAGGGAAAAAAAACAACGGUCACCAUAACAUCCAUCAGUCUGACACUGCCAUCUCCAGAGCUCGAUACACAACUACUUACUGAAGAUGAUUCUUCAGUAAGUCUACCAGAGCCACAAACUGAGCAAGAUCAACAGGGGGAGCAGAGUGAAACAGGUUCUACAGCUGGAGACCAGAUGGGUGCUUCUUUCAUGCCAAAGACAAAAAAUGAGCACAUUCAGCCAGGGAAGGAGAGUAACACAGGUUCUACAACUGAAGAAGAUAGUGGUACUUCCCCAAUGUGCUUACAAACUGAGCAAGUUCAGGUGGGGAAACAGAGUAGCAGAGAUCCUGCAGGUGAAGAAAUGUACACUUGUUCUGUCCCAGUGGGUCAUUUCUGGUAUGUGAACCACAUGUACGAAGAGGAAAUGAAACGUAUAGAGGAAAAGAAUGGAGUAAAAAUCAGGGCAGAUGUGAAGGUGAGAUUUGAAGAAGACCAAAAACAUGGGAGCCCAGACGGUGCUCUCGAGGAGUUUGAAAACCUUGUCCAGAAAAGCUUAGUUGAAUCCAGUGGCUCAGUUAUUCCUUUCAAGUUCAUAGAGUCAGAACAGUGGGGCGAUGCACUGAAAACAAUCCAGGAAAAAGAAAACAAGCUUUUGGUUACUCUGACCUCUGAAACAAUGACUGUACGUGGGCCAGGACAAAGUCAAGAGGCCAUGAAAAAGUUCUUAAAUGCAGAUACACAUCGGAAAAGAAACACAGAUGCUUCUCAUCAAGAGUAUGAAAGAGAGACUCAAGAAUCACUGAAGAUUGACAUGACCAUCAAAGAUGAUUUCCCGCAUGCAGGACUGAUCAUUGAGAAGACAUUUUGGAAGUUGAUGACUAACUCUUAUAACAAGGAAAUAGAAAAGAUCAAAGCUAAGUUUAACGUAGCAUUCAAAGAUUCAGACAUUGGUCAAGGCAAAGUUAAUGUCACAGCUUUCUACAAGAAAGAAGGAAAUGCCUCAAUGGAGAGCCACGCCCUCAGAGCACUUCUCUGUCUACACCAGAGGUUUGUUUCAUCCCAAUUCCAUGGUGCCACUGGGUUCAGUGGCACAAUCAUUUCUCAAUCAGAGGGGGCCUCCAAUGAGCCUGUGUUGAAUGGCCAAUCAGCAAACAGGAAGCACAACAUUGACCCACCAACUGACAGUGGGAAAAGAGCAGGUGACCAAAGUGAUGAAAGGUGUCCUAUAUGUUUGGAUAAAUUCAAAAACAAGAGACAGCUCAACUGUAAACAUGAAUUUUGUAAAGACUGUCUGAAACAAGCAGAGAAGGCGAAUGGGCCCAUCUGUCCUAUAUGCAGAGUCGUCUUUGGUAAGAUAGUCGGAGACCAACCAGAUGGAAGAAUGUCACACCAGAUACUCACAAUUCCCCUCCCUGGAUACUCAGACUGUGGCACCAUAAUGAUCAGCUAUGAGAUUCCAAGUGGAACACAGACGGAAAAACAUCCCAAUCCUGGACAGCGCUAUUUUGGGAUUAGAAGACAAGCGUAUCUUCCAGACAACAAAGAGGGCAAUGAAGUGCUGCGACUGCUGAAAAAAGCUUUUGGCCAGAAGCUCAUUUUUACUAUUGGUACAUCCAGAACAACUGGUAUGGACGGCCAGGUGACCUGGAACGACAUUCACCACAAAACAUCCACAUCUGGAGGACCAGAUUGCUUUGGGUAUCCUGACCCUGAGUACCUGAGCAGAGUCAAAGAGGAGUUAAAGGCCAAAGGCAUUGAGUGAAGUGUUUGAUACAAAGUACAGGUGGAUUAGAAAUCAAAGACGUUAAAAACAAGAUGACUCUUUAAACAGACACUGAAAUUCAAACACUCUGUUUUGCUCUCUUUUCUCUGUUAAUUCUUUAAAUGAUCAGUAGGGGUUAGAAUUUACUUUUUUCAUUAGCCACAUAUAUUAUCUUCAAAUAUUGGGUGAUUACACUUUUUUGUUUGUCAAAGUUUUCAUCAUGUAACAAUAUAAAAUGUAAAGUUGCGUAAACACAGACUUAUAUGAUCUCACGUCUACAGUGCUGAUGGUCUGACUUGCUGUUUGCCUAAUAAAUGAUUAAAUCCUC